AUGACAACCAUUGGUGUCAACACGCCGCUGCGGCUCAUUCCAUGCAAUCAGAGUUCUCGUCGUCCCACUUCUCGGUUGUUUGAAAAUGACCAGAAUUCCACUCAUGGAACGAUGAACUUAACAGAACUGCUCCUGCUGUGGUGCGUGCCAGUAAUCGUUUCGCAUUGCCCCAACCAUAUUAGCUCGCAGAUCCAGGAAUGUGUGCGUCCCGUGGCCGAGUAUGCGAAGCUGCUCAACAACCAGGACAGCCCUUCUGGAAGCGCAUCCGAGAUCGGCAGCGCCUUCUCGCUGCCGAACAUGGGCGGACGAGUGUUCAACGAAUUGUGCAUGCUCAUAGCAAAGUUUAACGUUUGUGUUCGUGAGCUCCGUGCUCAGUGCGUGCGACAUGUGACGAUUAGCCUAAUCGACUCAUCCUAUGGAUACCUGUGCAAUGAAGGAUAUAACACUUUCAUGGAAUCAGCCGAAUGUCUGAUGCAGCUGGACCGAAAACCAGCGGUGAAAAGGUGUCACGAUGAGACCCUAGUAGAAAUCGAAACCACUAACACGGAGGCUGGUAUAGCCAUGACAGCUAAGUUGGAUCGCAUGUGUGGAGCACUCAAUUUCUUCGCUGGUUGUGUAAAGACUUCAAUCAAGCAGGAGUGUGGUUCGUCAGCAUGGCAGGUGAUCUACAGAGUUCUUAAGGACACCACCAACACGCUUAUGCCUGGAUGUCAGUUCACAGGCGCUUCAGCGCGAUUGAUCGCAGCUGAGGGCGAGGAGACACAGACUCAGUCGACAACCACAUCCAUCCCGUCGACUGUCACUACACUUCCAUCGGUUGUUGAAGAAUUCAACUACCCUUCCACCGCAAUUUUGGUCUCCAGUAGCCCUCGAAAAGGGACGAAAAAGAACAUUGUGGGUCAAGAACUCUUGCAACUGAACACGAGUUCUCAGCUGGGGGUCUAUUUCCUAUUAUUCAUUGUGAUCAUCUACUGA